CCCCCCCCCAAUCAUUCAUCCAAUUGACAUAGAAAUUAAAGCUCCUCUUUUCUAGCUAGCAACUCCUCAACUCUGCAAUCGCAACAACCAUGGUGUUGAGCUUGAGAAAGAUUGAAGAACCAAGCGUCUUCUUCUCUCUGGUCAUCUUCUUGUUUCACUCUCAACAUCUCUUCACCAUUCCGGUCACUUCCUUCGCUCCUGCAGAGAGGUUUUCCAUUAACUGUGGCUCCCCAUCAGGCAAUUCAUACACUACUUCAGGUGGCAGAAAAUGGCAACCAGAUGACAAUUCCAAACUAGUUUCCCUCGGUCAAAACAGCCGGACCUCAAUCGCUCAGGUUUCUCCUCCACCGGAGCAAGUUCCUUAUGCCACGGCUCGCCUGUCUCGUUCUGAAUUCACCUACUCCUUUGAGGUCCCCGAAGGCCAAAAGUUUGUUCGCCUCUUCUUUUACCCAGCUGCAUAUGACAAUUUUGAUCGUUCCAAUGCUCUCUUCUCCGUUAAAGCAGGCCACCACACCCUUCUUAAGGACUUCAACGCUUCACUCACUGCUGAUAACGACGAUGAUCCUGGGCAAAAAGUGUUCAGAGAGUACUGUGUUAACGUGGAACCUGGUCACAGGCUGAACAUCACGUUCACUCCAAGUAGCACCAACCAUCCAGACGCCUACGCGUUUAUUAAUGGGAUUGAGGUUGUGGCCAUACCGACCAAUCUUUAUUACAAAAAAGCUGGUGACCCAGCGUUGCAGCUGGUUAAUGACGAGAAUAAUCGGAUUCGAGUUGAUAACAACACUGCUCUGGAGAUGGUGUACAGAAUCAAUGUCGGAAAGGAUGAGAUUCCAGCUGAGCAAGACACUACUGGUUUGCUUCGAGACUGGCAUGGCGUAACUGGCUAUGGCUAUGCGGUGAUGCAAACCUUGCAAGAUCUAGAAGAUAAUGAUUUUGAUGCAGAGCCGAGGUACCCAAAAGAUCUUCUCAAAGACGCAGCACCUAAGGAUGUCUAUUUAACUGCAAAGACCUCUAAAGAUACAAUGACUUGGGAGUUUAAAGUGGACUCCAUGUUUGCUUAUAUGAUCAGACUGCACUUCUGUGAGUUGGACCCGAGAGUCCAGAAGGGAGAAAGAGUUUUUCAGAUACUCAUAGCUGACACUCUGGCUGAGCCUCAGAUCGAUGUGCUUGGUUUGCGGGAAGACAGCCGAGUUCCUCUUUAUAGGGACUAUGCUGUUUCGUUGAAGCAAGGAAACUUGAAGAGUAGUCAGAACAUUUCAAUCAAGUUGCAGAGGCUCUCAAAAAGCAAGUACGAUGUCCUAUUGAAUGGAAUUGAAGUUUUCAAGAUCAGUGAUCCUAGUGACAAACCCAACCCAGGCCCAACAUCUUCACCAACCAAACCAUCAAAACUCUCGAAGAAAAAAACAGAAACUCCCAUGGUGAUUGCCUCAGCGUGUGCAGCUUUAGGUGUUAUUAUUGCACUAUCUGUCAUCUGUUUCUUUGUAUGUCGGCGAAGGACCAGAAAUUCAGGGGACGGGACAGCUGAGAAAUCAUUAGAUUUGUGCCGUAACUUUUCCAUCGCAGAGAUCAGAGCUGCUACCGACAACUUCGAUGGUAAUUCAAUAAUUGGUCAGGGAGGAUUUGGUGUAGUCUAUAAAGGACACAUUAACAACGGGAAGACAUCAACACCCGUAGCCAUCAAACGGCUUAAAGCAGAAUCAGACCAAGGGGCCGAUGAGUUCGAGACAGAGAUCAAGAUGCUGUCCCAGUUUCGCCAUCCUUACUUGGUUGAUCUUAUUGGCUACUGCAACGAUGACAAGGAGAUGAUCCUGGUUUAUGAAUUCAUGGCCCGCGGCACCCUCAGAGAUCAUCUUAACGAACCGGCUAACCAGCCACUUUCAUGGAAGCAAAGGCUGGAGAUCUGCAUCGGAGCAGCAAAUGCACUGCUCUAUCUUCACACCAACACUGGUGAGAACAAGCGAAGUGUGAUCCACCGUGAUGUGAAGAGUGCAAACAUUUUGUUAGACGAGAAUUGGAAAGCAAAGGUUUCAGAUUUCGGAUUGUCCAGGAUUGGGCCGAAUGGCUUGUCCAGGUCACAUGUGACCACACUCGUCAAAGGCAGCGUCGGGUACAUAGACCCAGAAUACUACGAGAGUCAACAGCUGACCACAAAAUCUGAUGUUUACUCUUUUGGUGUGGUUUUACUUGAGGCUUUGUGCGGAAAGCCACAUAUAUUUCGAAACGAGGAGAAGCACCAGGUACACCUGGUGGAGUGGGUUAAGAAAUGCUAUGAAAAAGGGGAGAUCGGCGAGGUCGUUGAUCCAUUUUUGAAGGGGGUCAUAACACCCCAGUGUUUGAACAGGUUCGUUCAAAUAGCAUUGGCUUGUCUGCGUGAUAAUGGGAAGCUUCGGCCGCCCAUGAGAGAUGUUGUGAGGGGCUUAGAGUCCACGUUGAGGAUGCAGGGGAGCAUGGAGGUUGAGAUCCUGAGAGAUGAUGGAAAGGCAAACAAAGAGAACAGACCAACAGUGACCCAAUUUAGAAAAGAUGAAGAAAGUGGAGUACAGUUCUCGACUUCAAGUGGAUCCACCACAACUGAAUCCAAGUGCAGCAGUAAGGUCACCGUCACCAGUAGUGAGGAGGAGCAAGCCUUGGUUCCUACAGUGUUCUCUGAGCUUGCGCAUCCAACAGCACGCUAACAU